CUCUCUCUGCUGUGUUCGAAAUAUCACGUCACACGCUCUCGUCUUCGAAUUGAGGGUCAUCGCGAGCAAGCUCCUGAGGCGGAUGGAACUUUAUGAGGUGAAGGGAGCCAACGCAUACACUCGUGAGUGAGUGAGAGAGUGAUGCUACAUUCUGCUCCGACGGAAUCGAAGUACCGUGUGCGAUGCUGGUGCACUUGCGAAAACGGGAAAGGAGGUGCGCUUGGAGGCAGGACGUUCUGAACAGCUCUACUUUUGACCCGGUUUAGUUCUGUUCACUUGUCUGCCAUGAGAGAGGGGACAUCACCAUCAACAUCGGCGACUGAAGUGCAUCUCCGCCGCAACUAUCGGUUAAGUUCUAUCCGGAGAUAGCAUUAACGAAACCAUUGGAAGUGAAGUGUGCUGCCUGUGUGCUGCUGCCUGCCACCCCACCUGUGCCACUGCGACAUGCAACGCAUAUCGAAGAGAGUACUCGAGGUGGUGCCUCGGUACUUGACGGACCUGCGCUAUUUCACCUCAAUUCCUCUUGUGCGGAAUAAGGACGUCGAUAAACGGAGGAAUUCUGUGCUGGUUCACGAUCGAGCGGCAUUGGCUACCGCGGCAACUGCCCACCCUCUCGCAGUGGAGCAGGACGAUCCGUUCGAGUUAGCCAAAGACGACCUCAAGAAUCUAUACACGGACAUCAGGCACGAACUCAACUGCGGACAGCGUUUUUCGCAGCUUGAAGACAUGGCCAGAUACUACUUCGACGGACAAGGGAAAGCAUUCCGACCCGUUGUGGCUUGUCUCAUGGGACGGGCUGCUAACAUACACGUACAAGGCAGAAACGAACUCAGUAGAGGUCAGAAGACGCUGGCAUUGAUUGCCGAAAUGAUUCAUACGGCGUCUCUGCUGCACGACGAUGUGAUAGACGAGUCUGACACCAGACGGGGGAAACCGACCACGGGAAAGUUGUGGGGUCAGCAGAAAUCCAUCCUCGCGGGAGACUUCGUCCUCAGCAAAUCCGCGGAGAUGCUAGCUAAUAUAGGAUGCGUGAAGACUAACAAUUACAUGGCACAAACACUUGUGGAUUUGGUGAGCGGAGAAUUUAUGCAGUUAGAGACAAAAAGUGAGUUCAAUGAAAGAUUCAGCCAUUACAUCGAGAAGAGCUUCAAGAAGACGGCAUCUCUGCUUGCCUUCACGUGCAGGUCGAGCGUCACUUUGGCCGGAGCCGACGAAGUAGUCAUCGACAACGCUUUCCAGUACGGAAGAAAUAUCGGAAUCGCCUUCCAGCUCAUCGACGACAUCCUGGACUUCGUAGCCGAUCAGAGCCUUCUCGGGAAGCCGGCCGCCGCUGAUCUGAAACUCGGAUUAUCGACCGGACCUGUACUAUUCGCGUGUGAGGAGUUCCCGGAGCUCGACGAGUUAGUGAACAGAAGGUUCUCUACGCCUGGAGACGUAGAGCGAGCCUUCGAACUGGUCCAGAAUUCCGAAGGUUUGGAACGGACGCGAAAUAUCGCUCAAGCUUACUGUAAUGCCGCGAUCAGUUCGAUUGAAGACUGGGCUGAUUCCCCGCAUAAGAGAGCCCUCAUCAACGUCACCGACAGAGUUCUCUCGAGAAGCAAAUGACAUUCAACAAGUCAUUGUCCUCCUCGUGUUUUUUGGAGUCAGGCGAGUGGACAGACAGAUAAUGAUCGAUCGUUCAGUCCCGCGUUGUUAUAAUCUGUGUGUGCUCCUUUGCAUUGUUUUGUCUGCCGAUAGUCGAAUUCGAAUUGUAUUACGAAUCGGGGAAAGUGAAAGAGUAUGUCUGGUUAAAUUAUGUAGAGAUUCCGAUCCUGCAGUUUCAGGAGGCCGCUUCCGGAGUCGGAAGCUUUGUUGAAUAUCUUGUACUCCCUCCCCUCUCGUCUCACUUAUCGAUGUGGGAGCGUCACGUGCCGGCGAGUCGAAAUGCUGUUAAAUAAAAGAGAUAAAUAUUUAAUGUU